AUCCAAAAUGGCUACCACGAAUGAUUCGAAGGCGCCUUUGCGCCAAGUAAAAAGAGUACAAUUUGGAAUAAUAUCACCAGAUGAAAUUAGACGUAUGUCGGUCACUGAAGGGGGCAUUCGCUUCCCUGAAACUAUGGAAGGUGGGAGACCUAAGCUCGGGGGGCUUAUGGACCCUCGACAAGGGGUGAUUGACAGGAGCUCACGAUGCCAGACUUGCGCUGGAAACAUGACUGAAUGCCCUGGACACUUUGGCCAUAUAGACUUGGCAAAGCCAGUCUUUCACAUUGGCUUUAUUACAAAAACAAUUAAGAUCUUGAGAUGUGUUUGCUUCUAUUGUUCGAAACUGCUUGUUAGCCCGACAAAUCCAAAGAUCAAAGAAGUGGUCAUGAAAUCUAAAGGCCAGCCCCGUAAAAGACUGACUUAUGUAUAUGACUUGUGCAAAGGUAAACAUAUUUGCGAAGGGGGUGAAGAUAUGGAUAUCGGGAAAGAGGGAGAGGAGGGUAAAAAAGGGACAGGUCAUGGAGGUUGUGGUCACUAUCAACCUUCUAUUAGGAGACAAGGACUGGAUUUAACUGCUGAAUGGAAAAAUGCCAAUGAAGAUACACAAGAGAAAAAGAUCAUUAUUACUGCUGAAAGAGUUUGGGAAAUAUUGAAACAUAUCACAGAUGAGGAAUCAUUUAUACUUGGUAUGGACCCCAAAUUUGCUAGACCUGACUGGAUGAUUGUAACUGUAUUGCCUGUGCCACCAUUGUCAGUGAGACCUGCUGUGGUCAUGUUUGGUGCAGCCAAAAAUCAGGAUGACUUGACUCACAAGCUAGCUGACAUAAUAAAGGCAAAUAAUGAAUUAAUGAGGAAUGAACAGUCUGGAGCUGCUGCCCAUGUACUUGCAGAAAAUAUCAGAUUACUGCAGUUCCAUGUUGCCACAUUUGUUGAUAAUGAUAUGCCUGGUAUGCCAAAAGCUAUGCAAAAAUCUGGAAAACCACUCAAAGCCAUAAAAGCUCGCCUCAAAGGUAAAGAAGGUAGGAUCAGAGGAAACCUUAUGGGAAAACGUGUUGAUUUUUCAGCACGUACUGUAAUUACACCUGAUCCUAACUUGCGUAUUGAUCAAGUAGGAGUGCCCAGGUCCAUUGCCCAAAAUUUGACAUUCCCAGAGCUUGUGACACCCUUCAAUAUUGAUAGAAUGCAAGAACUUGUUCGUCGUGGAAAUGCUCAGUACCCUGGCGCUAAAUACAUUGUGCGUGAUAAUGGUGAAAGGAUAGAUUUAAGAUUUCACCCCAAGCCAUCGGAUUUGCAUUUACAAUACGGUUACAAAGUCGAGCGUCACUUGAGAGAUGACGAUCUUGUUAUUUUCAAUCGACAACCAACUCUUCACAAAAUGAGUAUGAUGGGUCAUAGAGUAAAAGUACUUCCAUGGUCAACAUUCCGUAUGAAUUUGAGUUGCACUUCACCAUAUAAUGCUGACUUUGAUGGUGAUGAAAUGAAUCUCCAUGUCCCACAAUCUAUGGAAACUCGUGCUGAAGUUGAAAACAUUCACAUAACGCCCCGACAAAUUAUUACCCCACAAGCAAACAAACCCGUCAUGGGUAUUGUGCAAGACACUUUGACAGCAGUCAGGAAAAUGACAAAAAGAGAUGUGUUUCUUACAAAAGAACAGGUCAUGAAUCUUCUCAUGUUUUUACCAACUUGGGAUGGGAAAAUCCCACAGCCAUGUAUUUUAAAACCUCAACCUCUGUGGACUGGAAAGCAAAUAUUUACCCUCAUUAUUCCUGGAAAUGUAAACAUGAUUCGUACUCACUCCACACAUCCAGAUGAAGAAGAUGAUGGGCCAUACAAGUGGAUUUCACCUGGAGACACCAAAGUUAUGGUGGAGCAUGGAGAGUUGCUUAUGGGCAUUUUAUGUAAGAAAUCGCUUGGUGCCUCAGCAGGAUCCUUACUGCACAUUUGCAUGUUGGAGUUGGGUCAUGAGACUGCAGGUCGGUUCUAUGGUAAUAUUCAGACUGUAAUCAACAACUGGCUUCUUUUGGAAGGUCACUCAAUUGGAAUUGGUGACACUAUUGCUGAUCCCCAAACAUACACAGAAAUUCAGCGCGCUAUUGUUAAAGCGAAAGAUGAUGUCAUAGAAGUCAUUCAAAAAGCCCACAACAUGGAGUUGGAGCCCACACCUGGUAACACAUUGAGGCAGACCUUCGAAAACCAAGUAAAUCGUAUUCUCAACGACGCUCGUGACAAAACUGGUGGAUCUGCUAAGAAAUCACUGACAGAAUAUAACAAUCUAAAAGCUAUGGUGGUUGCCGGUUCUAAAGGCUCAAACAUUAACAUUUCACAGGUUAUUGCCUGUGUGGGGCAACAGAAUGUUGAAGGUAAACGUAUUCCAUUCGGUUUCCGUAAAAGGACGUUGCCCCAUUUCAUCAAAGAUGAUUACGGCCCAGAAUCCAGGGGUUUUGUUGAAAAUUCUUACCUUGCUGGAUUGACACCUACUGAAUUCUAUUUCCAUGCUAUGGGUGGUCGCGAAGGUCUUAUCGAUACCGCCGUAAAAACUGCUGAGACUGGAUACAUUCAACGUCGUCUAAUAAAGGCUAUGGAAUCUGUAAUGGUGCACUAUGACGGAACUGUCCGUAACUCCGUGGGACAACUGAUUCAGUUAAGGUAUGGUGAGGAUGGCCUGGCUGGUGAAACAGUAGAGUUCCAAAAUUUGCCAACAGUUAAACUGUCAAACAAAGCUUUUGAGAAGAAGUUCAAGUUCGAUUCUUCAAAUGAAAGAUAUUUAAAGAGGAUUUUCAAUGAAGACAUCAUCAAAGAACUUACAGAAUCUGGUUAUGUAAUUGCUGACCUUGAAAGUGAAUGGGAACAACUUUGCAAAGAUCGAGAAAUAUUACGUCAAAUCUUCCCUAGUGGAGAGUCCAAAGUAGUAUUGCCUUGCAACUUCAAAAGGAUGAUUUGGAAUGUGCAAAAGAUCUUCCACAUUGACAAAAGAAUGCCUACAGAUUUGAGCCCAAUCAAAGUAAUACAAGGUGUAAAAGAUCUUCUCCAGAAAUGCGUCAUUGUUGCUGGCGAAGAUCGUUUGUCGAAACAAGCAAACGAAAACGCUACUUUGCUGUUCCAAUGUUUAGUGAGAUCUACUCUGUGCACUAAAUUUGUCUCCGAAGAAUAUAGACUGUCCAGUGAAGCCUUUGAAUGGUUGAUUGGAGAAAUUGAAACUCGAUUCCAACAAGCGCAAGUAAACCCCGGUGAGAUGGUGGGAGCUUUGGCGGCUCAGUCUCUUGGAGAGCCUGCCACUCAGAUGACAUUGAACACUUUCCAUUUUGCUGGUGUGUCUUCUAAAAACGUAACUCUUGGUGUGCCUCGUCUGAAGGAAAUCAUUAACAUCUCUAAAAAACCCAAAGCUCCAUCACUUACCGUGUUCUUAACUGGAGGUGCAGCCAGAGAUGCGGAAAAGGCUAAAAACGUUCUCUGCAGACUUGAACACACUACCUUGCGUAAAGUUACAGCAAACACAGCGAUUUAUUAUGAUCCAGACCCUCAAAAUACCGUGAUUGCUGAAGAUCAGGAAUUUGUUAAUGUCUAUUAUGAAAUGCCUGAUUUUGACCCAACAAAGAUUUCUCCUUGGCUCUUGCGUAUUGAGUUAGAUCGCAAGAGAAUGACAGACAAGAAACUGACCAUGGAACAAAUUGCUGAAAAGAUCAAUGCUGGUUUUGGUGAUGAUCUUAAUUGUAUUUUCAACGACGACAAUGCAGAGAAGCUUGUAUUGCGUAUUAGAAUCAUGAAUAAUGAAGAAAGUAAAUUCCAAGACAAUGACGAAGAAACAGUUGAUAAAAUGGAAGACGAUAUGUUUCUCAGGUGCAUUGAGGCUAACAUGUUGUCUGAUAUGACUCUACAAGGUAUUGAAGCAAUUGCAAAGGUGUACAUGCAUUUACCUCAGACAGAAGCCAAGAAACGCAUUAUCAUUACUGAACAGGGAGAAUUCAAGGCCAUUGCAGAAUGGUUGUUGGAAACUGAUGGUACCUCAUUGAUGAAAGUGCUAUCAGAGCGAGACGUCGAUCCUGUUAGAACAUUCAGUAACGAUAUUUGUGAAAUAUUUCAAGUACUGGGUAUAGAAGCUGUGCGUAAAUCUGUAGAAAAAGAAAUGAACGCUGUAUUGCAGUUCUACGGUCUAUACGUGAACUACCGUCACCUCGCGCUGCUUUGUGACGUAAUGACAGCCAAAGGUCAUCUUAUGGCUAUCACACGUCACGGCAUCAACAGACAGGACACCGGUGCUCUUAUGAGAUGUUCCUUCGAGGAAACUGUAGACGUGUUAUUGGACGCAGCCAGUCACGCUGAAGUGGACCCUAUGAGAGGCGUUUCUGAAAACAUUAUUAUGGGACAACUACCGAGAAUGGGAACAGGCUGUUUCGACUUGCUGCUCGAUGCGGAAAAAUGUAAACACGGCAUGGAGAUGGGAGGCCUUGGCGUAGGCAUGGGCGUCGGUGGUGGCAUGUACUUUGGAGUUGGUACUCCGUCAAUGACUCCGCUCAUGACGCCGUGGUCAAACCAGAACACACCUGGAUAUGGUCAAAGCGUUUGGUCUCCAGGUCAAGUUGGAAGCAGUAUGACACCAGGCGGUCCUUCGUUUUCGCCAUCAGGCGCAUCUGACGCAUCUGGCUUGUCUCCAGCCUACAGUGCAUGGUCGCCACAACCUGGAUCCCCCGGUUCGCCUGGGCCUCCACUGUCGCCUUACGCUUCACCUGCGGGAGCUUCGCCUUCAUACUCUCCAACCAGCCCGGUGUAUGCUCCUGCAUCGCCGAGUCUCACUCCGACCUCUCCACAUUAUUCCCCGACAAGUCCUUCCUAUUCUCCGACUUCGCCAAACUAUUCACCGACGUCCCCUAUCUAUUCUCCUACGUCGCCCAGCUAUUCGCCGACAUCACCAGGUUAUUCUCCCACUUCACCAUCGUAUUCUCCAACUUCUCCAAGUUAUUCACCAACUUCCCCGAGCUACUCUCCAACGAGCCCGGCGUAUUCACCCACUUCCCCUAGCUAUUCGCCUACGUCACCUAGCUAUUCUCCCACGAGUCCGUCUUAUUCUCCGACUAGUCCGUCAUAUUCUCCGACUAGUCCUGCGUAUUCUCCGACUUCACCCGGCUACUCCCCAUCGUCUCCGAGCUAUUCGCCUACAAGCCCUGUUUACAGCCCAGCUUCACCAAGUUACUCGCCGUCGUCACCGAAUUAUACGCCGACUUCCCCGGCAUAUUCUCCAACGAGUCCAUCUUAUUCGCCGACAUCUCCGGCAUAUUCUCCGACGUCGCCAAGCUACUCUCCAUCGUCACCAAAAUAUUCCCCAACAUCGCCCAACUAUUCUCCUACGUCACCGUCUGUGGCUGGAGGCAGCCCGACAUACUCUCCAACGAGUCCGCAAUAUUCGCCCACGAGCCCUCAAUACUCGCCUACUAGCCCGGCCUAUUCGCCAUCGUCGCCUCAGCAUCCGGGCAGCACACACUACUCGCCCUCUUCGCCUAAUUAUUCACCAUCAUCUCCGAAUUACUCCCCAUCGUCGCCUGGCUAUUCUCCAUCGUCCACCAAGUAUUCGCCGACGUCACCGACGUAUACCCCUACGUCUCCCAACUAUUCUCCCUCUUCCCCUGCCUAUUCACCAUCUUCUGCGGGUCCCACUACCUAUUCUCCAACUUCUCCAACUUAUUCUCCCACUUCUCCUACUUAUGAAGAUAGUGACGAUUAAGCUGGUUUCUUAUUUUACGUUAUUAAAUAGGUAUAUUUUUUAAAUAAAGAUUGUUUUAGAAGGCUCUUUCUGUUGUAGUAGACAUGUUUUAUAAUUAUACUGACGUAAUUAUUAAUUCUUGUCUGCACAGACUUGUUAAUGUAUUUUGUAAAUUAAGUUUUAGUGUAAGUAAACCUUUUUUAUCAUUUAAAUGACAAAUAAAAAAAUAUUUGUAAUAAGUUACUGCUGUUUUAACCACUCUAUUUAUAGAUGAGAAAAACAGUGUAUUAAACCCAAAAAAAUU